AUGCCCGAAAUCCAUCAACAUCAGGAGCCACCAGGCAGUUCAGUCCAAGGCUUCGAAAUGGGUUGCAUCGAGUCUCAAGUUAUGUUUCACCUAAAUCUCGCCCACUCCGCAGCAGAAGCAGCCAGAGACCAAGACUCGCCCUCCAUCUUCGCACAGUGCCUGUCGCAUGCGAAAGCCGCCCGCAGUCUCGCAAGAAAGGCCCAACGUCACGACCUCCAAGAGAAAACGCAGCUAGCCACUGUCGAUUUCCUGGAGAUGGUAGGUCGGAGGCGGGAAGCCAUGGAGGCUCGGAUCGUUGCCGCCGCCAUGGCAGAGAAAAUGGAGCUUGAGCUCGCUCCGCAGUCUGAUACGAAGGAAGGUGGCGCACGGCUGGUCUCUGUAGGUGGUAUUCCCAUCGAUGAAGUCAUUCAACUAUUGGGGGAUGACCAGCAUGACAGUCAUCCAUCAUCUUUCAGUCGGAGGCAGGCUUCCGCUGCAGCAGGAGUCGUCAGGCCCGAUCAAGCCUACGCGGCGGCUGCUUAUGAAAUUCAGAAGCAAGAACUGCUUCCAAAGAUCGCCUUUGAAGGUCAUCAGAUCAGGGACCUCCAGGGGAGAUUGGCCACCGUCGUGACCGAUGCGCCGAAGUUGCGGCGCAAACCUAGGUUUGAAAACUAA